UUGGGAAGUGAGGUUCCCUGGUCAAAGAUGGCGGCCCCCUUGUCUAUUCAACUAGAGUUCGGAGGUGGAGCAGAAUUAUUGUUUGAUGGUAUAAGGAAGCACCAAGUGACUUUGCCCAGCCAGCCUGAACCUUGGGAUAUUCGAAGCCUUCUUGCGUGGAUUAAAGAGAACCUGUUGAAAGAGAGACCAGAAUUAUUUGUUCAAGGAGACACUGUGCGGCCAGGUAUCCUGGUACUCAUCAACGAGGCAGACUGGGAAUUGAUGGGGGAGCUCGACUAUCAACUCCAAGACCAGGAUAAUGUGGUUUUCAUCUCUACCUUACAUGGUGGUUAGACUUCUGGAAAAGAGACUUUAAGAAUAUUCCAUGGACAGAAAUAAUCACCCUGACACAGGCUGCCUGUGUCCAAGAUGUGGUCAAACCAGAUCCACUUUCUUUUCAGAUGCCUUCUUAAUCAGCCCUGCAUAAAGGACCAGCCCAGUCUUUGACGCUCAGCUGCUCCCAUCCUCUGGUUCUGCUUUUAGCUCUUUUGUCCAGGACAAGAAUUGGAACAAUUUCUGCAUUCAGUGGCUGUUUUCCUUGCACCAGGGAGACUCGUACCAUCGAUCAAAUGAUCUGUUUUGAGCAUAGAACGACAGUGGCUAAGCUCCAGGGCACGCUCCAGUUGAGCUUGCUGCUGCAGUUGCUCAGCCUGUCUCUUUUCCUGGCAGCGAGAGAGGCAAGAGCAGGAUUCCGAUCAAAGUGGGGGGAUAUCCCUUUCUGCCUCUGAUCUGAGGACCGUGAGGCUGUUGUACAGCCAUUACAGAAAGGACUGCAGUUGUCUGUCUUCUCCACAUCAGCCAAUCCGCUCUCAGUAUGUGCUGGGAUUUUGAUGACGUGGCUGAACUGGGACUCUGUUGCAAAGUAGUUGGUCCAGAGCUUUGAAAUUAUGAAUUUGUGGACCAAUAGGAACUCUCUCACCUGCCUUAUUGUUUUAUGAAGGCAUUGCCUAGUCCUGUUUUUUUCCUACUGCUGGUAAUUUUUUUUUGAUACUCAGCUGUAGAAGCUAGCUUUCCCUGUUGCAAAAUUUUUUGCAGAACCAUUGGAUGCAGAUGGCAGGAAUCAUCCUCUGUAAUGUAGAUAGCAAAACGCUCUGCCUUUGGAGUAAGGAGAUCUGGAUUCAAGCUCUGCUUUGGCUACAAAUUUAACUGAACAGUGUAGGUUUCCCCCGUCUGUUCAAUGGGAUUUGUAAUGACCUACGUUGGUGGCUGGUUGUGAAGAUCUACAAUAAAGAUUAUGAAGUGG